CAUGCUGGGGAUAGAAGAAAAAAUCAUCUUGGGCUUGGCCAGAUCCGGAACAUGGUGGCGGUGUUGGAAGUCAUCUCCAGCCUGGAGAAAUACCCCAUUACCAAAGAGGCACUGGAGGAGACGCGACUUGGGAAACUCAUCAAUGACGUCCGCAAGAAGACCAAGAAUGAAGAGCUCGCCAAGCGGGCCAAGAAGCUGCUGCGGAACUGGCAGAAGCUCAUUGAGCCUGUGCACCAGAAUGAGGCAGUGUUGCGGGGGCUGGCGGGUGCCCCUGGCUCUGCUAACGGGGGUGCCCACAACUACAUCCAGAGACUGCCUGGGCUGCGGCUGGACAGGCUGAGCAGUCGCAAGCGCCGGGGGGACCAGCGUGACCUUGGCCAUCCUGGACCACCGCCCAAGGUCUCCAAAGUAAGCCAUGACUCCCUGGUUCCCAACUCAUCACCUCUCCCCACCAAUGGGAUAGGUGGGAGCCCCGAGAGCUUCCCAGGUCCCCUGGACAGUGGCAGGCACGUGGGCCCUGAGGGCAGCUGCCUGGAGCAGGGCGAGAAUGACAAGCACAGCAUCAAGAUCCCCAUCAAUGCUGUGAGGCCGCACACCAGCUCCCCAAGUCUGGGCAAGCCCUCUGGGCCCUGCUUGCAAAGCAAGGCUGCAGUGCUACAGCAGCUGGACAGGGCGGACGAGACCUCGGGACCUCCACACCCCAAAGGGCCGCCUCGUUGCUCCUUCAGUCCCCGGAACUCACGGCACGAGGGCUCCUUUGCCCGGCAGCGGAGCCCAUACUCACCCAAGGGCUCUGUACCCAGUCCCUUGCCUCGGCCCCAGUCGCUCGAUGUCACGCAGGUGCCAUCACCACUGCCACUUGCCCAGCCAUCCACACCCCCUGUGCGGCGGCUAGAGCUGUUGCCCAGUGCUGAGAGCCCAGUGCACUGGCUAGAGCAGCCUGAGGGCCACCAGCGACUGGCAGGGUCGGUCUGCAAGGCAGGGCUGUCACCAGCUGAGUCCAUCCUACCCCGGGCUGGCUUCUCCCCAGACUCCUCCAGGGCGGACAGUGAUGCAGCCUCCUCUGGUGGUUCAGACAGCAAAAAGAAGAGGAAACAGCCUCGUGACUACACGGUGAACUUGGGUGGCCAAGUGGCCGAGGCAGGCGUCAAGCCUGUGCGGUUAAAAGAGCGAAAGCUCACCUUUGACCCCAUGACAAGACAGAUCAAACCUCUGACCCAGAAAGAGCCAGUGCGGGCCGACAGCCCUGUGCACAUGGAGCAACCCAGGACAGAGCUGGACAAACCUGAGGCCAAGACCAGCCUCCAAAGCCCCUUUGAGCAGACGAACUGGAAGGAGCUGUCACGCAAUGAGAUCAUUCAGUCCUACCUAAGCCGGCAGAGCAGCUUGCUCUCAUCUUCGGGCGCACAAACCCCAGGGGCCCACCACUUCAUGUCUGAGUACCUGAAACAGGAGGAGAGCACCCGGCGUGGGGCCAGGACGCCACACGUGCUGCUGCCUCCAGGCCCAUUCACUGACCUCCCGGGGCUAAGCCGCCAGGUCACGCAGAACGAUCUGGACAGAAUCCAAGCCCACCAGUGGCCAGGGGUGAAUGGUUGUCUGGACACACAGGGUAACUGGUAUGACUGGACGCAGUGCAUAUCGCUUGAUCCGCACGGUGACGACGGGCGAUUGAACAUUCUGCCUUAUGUUUGCUUAGACUGAUUGGCCCCUCAGCCUCUAAGUGCAUUCCCACCUUGCAGUUAGCAGGAGGGUGGCCAGGUCUGGAAGCCUCCAGUGGUUUGGAGCCCAGCUGAGGCAGAAGGGAGGGGCGGGGGUCUUAGGUCUCUCUAAGCCCUUCCCUCAAAAUUCUCCUUCUUUUGUGAAAUGCUGCUACCAGUUUACUAACAAAAUUACAAAGGAAGGACCGUGUGGAAGGAAGGCCGGCAAAGUGAGUUCAGAACUCUAUAGCAAACCAGCUAUAAAACGCGUCAGCUCCCCACCCCAGGAGAGGUGUGGACGCUUCCCAGCAUCCAUGAGCUGGGACCUCAGUUGCAGGCAGGCACAGAAAACCUGUGGGAGAAGUUACCUUUAACACAGUGACAGAAGCAUGCAUCUCAUCUAUCUGCAUUUUCUGUUCUUUCAUUUGGCCCUGAGUGUUUGAAGCAGUGGGCAACCUCAUGGCC